AUGGAGAUGAUGAUGUCUAUAUGGCUAAUGAAAAGGAGCGACAGGAGUGGUUCCACCCAAGCUCACUCUAUCUCUUGUCAUGCUACAGGUCUGAGCACAAAAAAGUGUGAUUUCAAGAUCACAGUGAACAAUAAUCACCACCACACAGAAGAAAUCAGCACUGAAAGGCUUGCGGUGAGGCGGGGGCAGCCAUUCACCAUCACUGUGAGCUUCACAGCUCCUAUACACAACUACCUGCAGCAGCUGAAGAGAACCUUCCUGAUAGUACAGACAGGAUCCCAUCCAUCCAAAGCAGAUGGAACCCAGAUUGAAUUUCCCAUCUCCAUCCUGGGAGACCAGAAGAAGUGGAGCGCAGCGCUAGAGGAGCAGGACUCGCACUCCUGGACCAUCUCUGUGAACACGCCUGCCAAUGCUGCCAUCGGCCAGUAGGCUCUGCUCUUACAUGCCUCCAAGUCUUACUGUCUACUGGGCAACUUCACCCUUCCCUUUAAUCCCUGGUGCCAAGAUGAUGAAGGGUUCUUGGCUAAUGAGGCACAGCGGCAGGAGUACAUCCUAAACCAAGAUGGUAUCAUCUAUGGAGGGACUGAAAAUGCAGUCUUGACACAGCCCUGGGACUUUAGUCAGUUUGAGGAGGAUAUUAUAGACAUCUGCUUCACACUGCUGGACGUAGGUGAACGCCACCAACAAGACAAGAAUCACACCCACCGCAAGAACCCUAUCUAUAUCUGCUGCACAGUUGCUGCCAUGCUGAACUGCGAUGAACUUAGAGGGAUCCUGACAGAAUGCAAGACAGAGGAAUACUAUGAUGGGACACCCCCUUGCAAAUGGCUGGGCAGCAGCUCCAUCCUCUGGCAGUGGGUCGCAUCGCAGUGCAAGCCUGUCUGUUACAGGCAGUGCUGGGUGUUUGCUGCAGUCAUGUGCUCAGUUCUGAGGUGCCUGGGAAUUCCUACCAGGGUGGUCACGGGCUUCACAUGGGCUCACAACACUAACAGCAGCCUGAGUGUGGAUGAGUGUUAUGAUGAAGAUGGGACACUGUUGACACGUGAUAGGAGCACCCGUGUCUGGACCUUCCAUGUUUGGAACGAAUGCUGCAUGGCUCGAAGGGACUUGCUACCAGAGUACAGUGGGUGGCAGGCAAUGGAUGCCACCUGCCAAGAGAAGAGCAAAGGCCCAUCCUUCUGUGGGCCAGCCCCUGUUCAAGCCAUCAAGGAAGGAGAAACAGAAGUGGAUUAUGAUGUCUGCUACUUCUUUGCUGCCAUGAAUGCCAAGUGCCAGGUCUGGAUACACAAAGCAGAUGACAUCCUCAAGCCAGCUCUCGGUUGCAUGAAGUACACUGGCAAUAACAUCAGCACCAAGAGUGUAGGCACUGAACACUGUGAGGGUAUCACACACGACUACAAGCAUCCUGAAGGUUCUCUUCAGGAAAAAGAGGUACUUGAGAAGGCUUAUAAAAAGAUAAAGGAAGUUGAGAAAACCAGCAGCAGCCACAAAACAGAGUCUAGCUCCAUUCCUGCCCUUGAAGAGCCAGUUAACCUUUUUAUCCACCUCCAAUCUGAGAAUUCUCUGCUACUGUGACAGGAUGUCCCACUUUCCAUUAAAGUGUUUAACCACAGUGGUGGAGAAAAAGCUAUGCGCCUGGUACUUGGGGCCCAAUCUCUACAUUAUAAUGGUGUGCCCAUUACCCAGCUUUGGAAGGAAGAGUUUCAUUUCAUCCUCAAAAGCAAAGAAGCGAACACCCUGCAAGUCUUUGUGCCUUACUCACAGUACAGAAAAGAGAUGGAAGAGAGCCAUCCUAGGCUGACUGCCAUACUGAGAGAUGAGGACUCGUUCUAGAUAUACUUUGCCCAGGAAGAGAUCAGCAUUUGUAACCCCCCUCUCACUACUGAAUUUCCAGAAAACAUAGUACAGUACCAGCCAACCACAGCAGAGAUUAGUUUCCUGAACCCUCUCAAUGAACGCCUGGAGAAGUGUGUCAUACUGGUUGCAGGGCGAGGGCUCAUUUACAGACAGAGGAAGUACAGAUUGGGCUCUGUGGAGCCUACAAGCACUCAACAGCUGCAUAUCCCGUUUACCUCCACCCAAGUAGGGCCCAGAAGACUCACUGCACAUCUGGACUGCGUUCAACUCCAGAACCUGAAGAGCUACAAAAGUAUCAACAUUAUGGCUGCCUGACACCCAACUCAGAACAGGUCCUGCUGUCCCCUUUUCAAAAGGGUGGUCACAAUCUGUACCAUGAGCUUAAGGUAGGCUCUCUCCAUAGAAGAAACAUACUAGAAUGUAGGCAAGCAUAGAUUUUAACAGUUUGAUUAAAGUUAUGCUUAAAACCAUGUUUGACUUUAAUUAUUUGUACAAACUCAACUCUCUCCCAUCUGCUGUUAUGCCUGCUCUCAGGUCUCAUAAGCUGAACCUUACUCUGACAAAGAUGGGCAAAACGUUCAAGCAGACACUGUUUCUCAUCAUGCAUACUUGCUGAACCCACCACAGCGUAGUCAAUUCUUUUCCUACCCAUGGCAGAAGGAUAACAGAACUUUAAGGUGAUGACAGAUGUUGCAUUUUUCUAGAGAUGCACUUACCCCUACUGGUCCUUGAAGUAGGUGAAGCAGUAAAUAAUACUUUCUGCUGCUUUCUCAGGGAAUAGAAAAGAGGAAGAUCAUUCACUCUUCCCUACGCUUUGAAAGGAAGCAGGAACACUGCUGCAUUUAUUUUAAUGGUUCAUUUGGUGGUUUGCAAAAGGAGCAAGAGUCUUUCCUUCUGUGUACAUCCUGCCACAUGAAAACAGAUAAAGCCACCCAAGCAAAUCUAACAAUAUUUUAUUGCUCUCUGUUUCCCCAUGGUAGCUGUAACAUCUGAAGAAUGGGGCACAUUCACAGCAUUAAGAUGCAGCACUGCGUCACGCCAGGAGUCCAAGCAAAAGUAACAGCUUUUGCAAUAGCAAAGGGUGACUUCCCCCUUGGGAAACUUAGGAAAGUUCUGCCAAGUGACAGUAAAGUUCUCCCCUAAAAGAACUGUCCUCAUCAUUCUCCUAUAGCUAGAGAAUGGCCAGAUAGAUUCACUGGGAAAGCAUAUGCCAGAGCCAGUGGCAGCAACACAUGUUGA